AUGAUUCAUUACACGUGCACGUCAAGUCACCCACGAAAAAGCCAGCUAUUAAAAUUCCGAAAACAAUUUCAAUUGUUGUACAAAUCAUCGUUAUCGUCUUCGUCGUCUUUACAUUUUUCUACAUCGCCAAAUGCCACCAUAGAUCGCUCAGAAAUAAAAGAGAUUCGGUUGCUCUAUGGAACAUGGCAAGAUCCAUUUUGCGUAUGCUAUAAGCCACCAGGUAUGGCUGUGCAAGAUAAUAAUCCAUCACGUGCUUCUCUAAUUUGUACAAUACAAAACCUUUAUGGGAGGCAAGCGUUUGCGGUGCAUCGGCUUGACAAAAACACGCAGGGUCCACUUGUGUUGGCAUUCGAGAAAAAUAUUGCACGUAUUUUAUCAGACACGCUCGCGAAUGGUUUCUGGCAGAAAUGGUAUCGAGCUCUAGUGAAGAUUCCAUUGGAUAUGACGCGACUUCCGAGACAAUCGUUAUAUCAACAAGGAUCGUUGAUUGCGCCGAACGGUCAAUUGGUCAAACACGGAAAAAUUACUAGUUGGAUUAAAAGAUGUCCACCGAUAAUUCGUCCGGAUUUUAGUCCACGUCAACCAUGGACGGACUUGGUCACCGAUCUCUCGGAAAUCACAUUCAAAAUUCCAUCACCAGCACCAAAGGGUCACCCAUCUCAUCCACCUCCGCCAAUAAACCCAUUUAAGCUGACGUUUGUAAACUUCUAUAAACAGAAAUUAACCUUUGAUCUUGUUCAAACUCAACUUAAAAACGCAUACUUCUUUCACUCCGCUCCGCCAUUCAGCCCCGCAGCAAAAUUAAGUAUCACAGAAUUUUGGUUAAACGAUGUAUUCUCUUUGGCAGACCGCUCUGAUACAUCGAAUGAAGAUCACACAGACUACGGAAGCAAAGAUAGUAGUAGGAACUCACCAAAUCAUAAAGAUGGGGAUGGUCAUGAUCCUAAUAGUCAUCAAAAAAUUGGCCUAUACGAUAUUUAUUUGCACACCGGGCGAACUCACCAAAUUCGUCUACACUUUGCUGAAUCUGGGUGCCCGAUUCUUGGGGACGAAGUUUACGAAGAUCUGGUCGGGAAACGUAAACAGUAUGAUGAAAAUAAGUAUCUCGCAUUACAAGCAUAUAAAUUGAGAUUACCUCAUCCAUGGAAACGGUGGGAGUGGAUAGAAUGUGAAGUUGAUAUGCCAAAUGAUAAAGAAUGCUCAUGA